CAGGCACGGCUUCAUCCCACCUUGAUGCCCACUUUCUGCCCAAAUAAGCUGGACUUGGGCGUUUGCUGGCUUCACAGACUCCUUUAUAUACGGUAGUUAGAUUCUUUCCAUCGUCAACUGACAGAAAAGCGUCAUAGACUCCAAUCAUGUCGAUCGAGAUCGAAAAGAUCCUGGCUGCAGCCCCAGCAACAACGCGGGGCCAGCCGACGCAGCUCUCCUGCGACCCGAAGGGGGAGCGCAUAGCUUACGCCUCCGGCAAGUCCAUCUUCCUCCGCAGCAUCGACGAUCCCUCCAUCAGCAAGCAGUACACCGGCCACACGGCCGCCACGACGGUCGCCAAGUUCUCGCCCUCGGGCUUCUGGGUCGCGUCGGGCGACGUCUCGGGCAAGGUGCGCGUGUGGGACGCCGUUGACGCGGUCAACACCAAGGGCGAGUAUGCCAUCAUCUCGGGCCGCAUCGCCGACCUGGCGUGGGACGGCGACAGCCAGCGCGUGAUUGCCGUCGGCGACGGCCGCGAGCGCUUCGGCCACUGCUUCACCGCCGACAGCGGGAACAGCGUCGGCGAGGUGAGCGGGCACAGCAAGGUCGUCAACGCCGUCGCGAUCCGCCAGCAGCGGCCGCUGCGGGCCGCGACCGUCUCCGACGACAGCACCAUGUGCUUCCUGCACGGCGCGCCCUUCAAGUUCGCCAGCAAGGCAACCGGGAUACACAAGGGGUUUGUGUUGGGUGCGGCGUUCAGUCCGGAUGGGAGCACGCUGGUUACGGUUGGCGCGGACAGGAGGAUCCAGCUGUACGACGGGAAGACGGGCGAACCGACGAAGCAGGUCGGCGAGGGGGUACACACCGGCAGCAUCUUUGCUGUGAGCUGGGCAAAGGACUCGAAGCGGUUUGUUACGGCGAGCGCGGAUCAGACGGUGCGCGUAUGGGAUGUUGAGUCCGGAGAGUGUGUGCAGACAUGGCGGAUCGGCGAGGAGGGCAGCGUCAAUGUCGGGGACCAGCAAGUUGGCGUGGUGUGGCCACACGGGCGGAGCGACGGGCUCAUUAUCAGCCUGAGCUUGAAUGGUGAUCUCAACUACCUCACCGAGGGGAAGGACAAGCCCACCAGGGUGGUCCAGGGGCAUAACAAGACUGUGACGGCGCUCGGCAGGGCAUCUGACGGAAAGGGAAACACGCUCGCGACCGGCAGCUUCGACGGCAAGGUGUGCAGCUGGGACGUCAAGACGGGCAUCGGCAGCGUGGUGGAGGGCCAGGCACACUCCAACCAAGUCACACAGUUCGCCUCCGCCGGCGGCCAAAUAUACAGCGUAGGCUGGGACGACACGCUGCGGACUAUCCAGGAAUCGACUAACAACUUCCUCGGGACACCCACCAAACUCCCCUCCCAACCCAAGGGCAUCUCCACUUCCGACGGCCGCAUUAUCGUCGCUUUAAACGACGGCAUCGCCGUCUACGCCAACGGUCAGCUCCUCAGCCAACACCCGACCGACUUCACGCCAGGCGCCAUCGCAGCCCACGGCUCAUUUGUCGCCGUCGGCGCAGGCAACAACACCGUCCAGAUCUAUACCCUCGACCCCUCAUCCGGCAAGCUCACCCCGACAGGCAAGCUCAGCAGAUCGACAGCCGCGAUCUCGGCGCUCGCCUUCUCCCCAGACGGCGCGCACCUCGCGGCGGGCAACGCGGCGGGCAAGAUCGUCGUGUACAAGACCGGCGGCGACUGGGCGGUGGCGACGGACCGGUGGUCGGCGCACACGGCGCGGGUGCUGAGCAUCGCGUGGAACCGCGCGGGCACGCACGCGGCCAGCGGCGGGCUCGACACCAACGUGCACGUGUGGAGCCUGGCGAAGCCCGGCAGCCGGAUCAAGGCGGCCAACGCGCACAAGGAUGGCGUGUACGGCGUCGCGUGGGUCGGGGAGGAGGAGGAGGGGGGCCGGCACCAGCAGCUGCGGAUCGCGAGCACGGGCGGGGACGCGGCGGUCAAGAUUUGGGCGGUCAAGGGGCUGCAAUGAGAGCGGUGAGUUGGCGGAGGAGGCUUGGUGGCGGUGAUGGGUGUGUCAUCGCGGACUGAUGUGACGGGUCACGAUGUCAUGUUAUAUGAGCGAGCUGGGAAACGAAUAUCAAACGACCACAAUUCCAGGUACCUAUAACGAAGCCCCCCGCAAAACCCGCGGUUGUCGACCGGCCCUUUGAACUGUUCCAACCCCAUGAGACAUGUCGAAUGAAUUUGAAUCCGACCAAUGAGUCCGACCCCGC